AUGAUAAGAAGCUGCAGAGCGGUGAGCAGCCUGGCGCUGAAGAGGUGGCUGCUCGUGGGCUCUGGUUCCCCCCCCGCGUGCAAAGGGCACAUUCGCGCAGCAGCAAACUGGGUGGGAACAAACCGUGCAGCAGCAAACUGGGAGGGAACAAACCGCGCGGAAGCAAACCAAAGAGACGACCGCCAUGCCGCUGAAAUGGAACCAAAGCUGAGCAAACACUUUCGGGAAGUGUUCCAUGAUGGGUCAGAAAAGAAUUUCGAAUGCCACCCAUUUAACAGAAGAUUUGCCUACAGCAAGAAAAGCUUCUUCCCCAUCGAGCCCCGGAAUCUGCGUACCUUGGGCGUGAAUAGACAGAGGAAGAAAAAAAGGGGCAGAGGUGAUAAAUGUCCAGGAAAAGGAAUUAGGGAAAAACACAAACAUAGGAAGUCAGGCAGACCAAACAGUCGUACGUUUGAAAGCGGAAGAACUCCUUUGUAUAGGAGAUUACCAAAGUGGCCAGAGGCAUGGUUAAGUAGGCAAAAAAAAAACUAUGACUGCCUUAACCUUUCCAAGCUGAGGUACUUUAUUGAGAAGGGAAGAUUGGAUGUGCGUUUCCCAAUAACGCAGAGACAUUUACAUGACUCCAAGUGUGUAAAAGUGAAAAAUGGAGUAAAGCUGUUCAACGUGAAUGACUAUCCUUUCCCAUAUAAGAUUGACAUCGAAGUGGCUAAUGCAGAUCAGUCCUCCAUUGAUGUCAUUAAAAAAAUCGGAGGGAGUGUAACCAUUGUCUACAUGGAACGGAUAAAUCUAAGGGCACAUAUCAAGCCAUACAAAUUUGAAGUUUUACCCAGAACGGCUAGGCCCAAUCUGGACAUGAUUCAUUUUUUGGAGAAAAUGAGGAGUAGGGGGUGUCUCGUUAAGUAUAUAAAACCUUUGUGGUUAAUUGAGGAAGAAAAGAGGAUCAUUAAUGAGCUCACCGAGGUGGAGGAGAGCUCCAAGUUGUGUCCCGAGGGAGGGGACUCCUGGGGGGACGCGGAAGACGAGGAGAAGCGGCGCGAGAGGUUGCUCCGCGGCUACCGCCUGCGCAACACGCGCGUCGACGGGGGCCUC